CACAAUGUCAGCCCUUGCAAAAUGUAGUCACAGAAGAGGAAUCCUCUAUUCUGCUGAAGCAUAAUGAAGAACCGGCUGUUCUGUAUUAUUUCAUUUCUUCGAUGGACAUGCUGCACAUUCCAACAUGGUAAGAUAUUAAGUUCAAAGACAAACAUUUCAUGCAGUGAAAGAGCAGUGUCUGACCAAGAAACUUCAGUCACUGGUGACAUCCCUGCCGGUGCCACCACUUCCAAGAAUCUGCCGCUGCUAGCAUCAGAUCUCACCACACCAGCGGUAUUGAGGAAGACAUUAACCGCACUCCCUAAAAUUCCUUUUUCUGUUUCAUCACAAGUGAUGUGCACUGCCCCAGAAAUAGGUGGCGGCAGCUUCUUUCCUGUAAAGAGUCAGUACAAAUUGGGGUGUGUGAUCUCUGCUAAAUGUAAUCGGGGAUAUCAGCUGGAAAGCCAUGAGAGCUCUUUUAAAUGUACAAAGUAUGUCUGGUUACCAUCUCCAAAGUGUGUACCAAAGCACUGUGGUUAUCCCCAUAUAGAGAAUGGAGCACUAUCUUGGUCCAACACAUACUACAGUGAUGUCUAUUUUCCAAAAAAGGAGGGACAGACAAUUAGCUUCAGAUGCAAGCCCGGCUUUCUGCCAGAAAAUAAAAAGCACUGGUAUAGAAUUAGAUGCACCAAUUUGGGCUGGGAUCCAGAACCGAAAUGCUUCAGAGUAUGCACCCCUCCCAAACACUUGCCACAUGGCGAAGUAAUUUACGACUCUAGGAAUAACUUCAUCGAGGGUGAUAACAUUUCGUUGCGUUGUGAUGCAGGAUACCAACCUGAAAAUCAAGCAACGGCCACGUGUACAAAAAAUGACUGGUCGCCUACUCCAAGUUGUUCCUCCAUGUGUAAGCUUUACUUGAUAACUGACCAAUACAUCUCGGAUUAUGGAUACAGCCUAUCUGAUUCUGCCUCAAACAAGCCACAUGACCUGGUAUUCAGAGGCAUACCCAGCAGCAUAGCCACAACCCCCUCAAGAGCCAAGCGGGGCCAUGCAGAUGGCAAUCCUGGUGGCCUGCCAUGGCCCUUGGAAGACAAAUCCCCCAACGCCUGUGGAGAGGAGCACCUGGCCAGGUCGCCACUUGCCCGCCUCCCUUUGUCUGCACCCGCUCACCGUUGGCUGAGUGAGGAGCAAAAAGUGCGUAUUCUGUGGCCCGGAGCAACAAGCAGCACUAUGAAAAGCUGGCUGGUUUCUCUUCUUCCAUUUCUUCUGUGGAAAUGCUGUACUUCCCAAAAUGUUUGUGAAGAACCACCUGACAUUGAUUUUGGGGAAAUGAUAAGUGAUGAGAAGGCCAGGUACGUGGAGGGUGACAGAACACAAUACGAGUGCAACCCUGGAUAUGUCUUGGAAGGCACUGAAUGGAUAAUAUGUCGUGGGCAAAAGUGGACAUCUGCACCCAGGUGUUUGGCACCUUGUGGUAUCACAAAACAACAGCUAGAUGCAAAAGACCUGCUUCUGCCUGGGAAGCGAAGGCGGUCCCAAGUGAUUCAGCAUAACCAUAUGCUGCAGUUCCUGUGUAAGGAAGGACAUGUCAUCACAGCUCCUUCAGUCAGGAAGUGUAUCGAUGGGCACAUGGACUUGCCAUCGUGUAUCUCUGAAAUGGGAAAAAACUGUAGUCACACACCCACUAUUGAGAAUGGAGACAUCAUCACCUUAUCACAGAAGCAAUAUGCAUCUGGCUCUUCAGUAGAAUUCAAAUGCCAAAAAUAUUAUGCCAUGGAAGGAGAAAAUAGAACUUUUUGUAACAAUGGGAACUGGACAAAAGUGCCCAUUUGUCUAGAGCCCUGUGCAAUCUCACUGGCUGAAAUGGAAAGCAAGAAAGUUGAGGUGGUCGGGCAAUCGGAUGAGUAUCAUUUUCAAAACUUAUAUGUACAACGUGGUACUUCUGUUGAGCUUGCCUGUAAACCAGGGCAUGCUCCUGCAGCAAAUUAUUCCCCGUCUGCUUUUGUAAUCCGGUGCAAUGGAGAAGCAAUUGUGUAUCCUGAAUGCGAAGAAAUUGUCUGCUCCCCACCACAAGUAGAAAAUGGCGACUUCCGGCCUAAGCUGAAUCACUAUGAAUAUCAAGACACAAUCGAAGCAGGGUGUGAGUCUGGGUAUCAGCUUCAGUACCGCCAAUCCACUUCUACGUGUACAGAGACGGGGUGGUCUCCUCCUCCGACAUGUGUUCCAAAGAACUGUGACUAUAUUCGGAUUGAGAAUGGACAGUUUUCUGAUUCCUAUGAACGCUGGAGAGACUACUAUUUUCCAAGAAGGGAGGGACAAACAGCUGACUAUCAUUGCCGUGAUGGUUUUCUACCAAGGAAUAAAGAAACACGGCCUAGAAUUUCAUGCACCAAAUUCGGCUGGAGUCCAGAACCAAAAUGCUUCAAAAAAUGUGAUAUUCCCAGACAGCUUGCACAUGGUACAUUCAAUACCCAUACUUGGCAGAAGUUCAUAGAAGGUGAAGAAAUUUCAUUUUCUUGUGAGGAUGGAUAUGUUCCUGCAAAUCAAGCUAAGGCCGUGUGCACCAAAAAUGGCUGGUUACCUGCUCCACGUUGUAACAUAAUAAGUAAGUGUUAUUUAUGGGAUCUGAUUUGA